AUGUUGCUGCUUCAACACAGGAAUGGAGUCCCUUUUCCUGAACUAGAUAACUUGGUGCCGAGUGGAAGAAUGAAGAUUCUGCUGGUCUUGCUAGGUGUUCUUGGUAAUUCCAUGGCUAUGCCAAUGCACAUGCCCCGGAUGCCUGGAUACAGCAGUAAAAGUGAGGAGAUGAUGCGGUAUGGCCCGUAUCCCUUCAUGAACUAUCCACACAUGCCACCAAUGGGCCCUUAUGGAAACGGUUUCCCAUUCCCUCAGCAGUUCCCACCAUACCAGAUGCCUAUGUGGCCUCAGCCACCACCUAACAUGUGGCCCCCACCAAAACCCGCAGGAUUCCGACGCCAGAGCAAUACUGACCAAGCCCAAGACACCGAGAACCCCAACCAGCCUCCAGCAGAAAAGCCACCAGUAAAAGACCCUGCGCAGCAGCCAACUACUCCAACUCCAGCCAAAGAAGAAGCACAGCCAACUCAGGCAUAUCCACCCUUCAACAAUGGAUUAUUUCCCUAUCAACAACCACCAUGGCCAUUCCCACCUAGGAUGCCACCGCCGAUGCCACCACCAAUGCCACCGCCGAUGCCACCACCGCCACCACCAGGUUAUGGACGCCUCAGUAAUGAAGAAGGUGGGAAUCCUUACUUUGGAUAUUUUGGAUAUCAUGGCUUUGGGGGCCGCCCUCCUUAUUACUCAGAAGAAAUGUAUGAUGAUAUUGAAAAACCCAAAGAAGAAGAUCCUCCUAAAGCAGAGAGUCCAUCAACAGAGCCCUCAGCAAAUGCAACAGUAAACGAGACAAAUUCUACCCAACCAGGUGGGAAUGACACCAGCCCAACAGGAAAUGGUGUCCCAGGACAGAACACUGGGAAUAACCCAACAGCUCAGAAUGGAGUCAACCCAUCCCCUACAGUUAAUACUUCAGGCCAGGGAGCACCCAGAAGUCAAUUCCCAUGGAGACCAAGUCAGCCAAAUAUUUAUGAAAAUUACCCAAAUCACAACACCCGAAAUUUCCCUUCAGGAAGACAGUGGCAUCACACUGGUACUGCUGUUGGCCAGAGACCAAAUGGGCCUUUUUACCGAAAUGAGCAAGUUCAAAAGAAUUCUCAAUGGAAUUCCUUUGCUUGGGAAAACAAACAAGCAACACAUCCAGGAAAUCCAACUUCUCACAAAACUUUUCUUUCCACUUCAAGAGGCUAUUAUACUAAUAAUGCAGGAAAACCAGUAAACUUUAGAAAAAGGCCUCAGGGGCCAAAUAAAAAUGUUGUGGUAACCAAUAUUGUCCCACUGGAUCCCAACCAAGGUAGUGUUGGCUACAGUGAAAAAGUACAGAAUCCAGCAGAUAAGCAAGUGGGUCAGAAAGAAAGGACUGUUGUUCCUACAAAAGAUACAGUCAGCCUCUGGAGGAACUCUCACCCUCAUGGCGGAGUGAAUAAACCCAAUUAUAAACUGCCACACCCUAUAGGCAACACACCAGGCCCCAACUUUAAUUCUAUUGGUCAACAAGAAAAUCCUUAUUCCCCAGCAGGAGACUCCAGAAGAGUUCCAAAUUCUGGUGUACAAAUCCAAAACCAGAAUUUGCCCAAUGGCAUUAUUUUAGAGCCAAAAAUAACUCCAUAUGCACCAGAAACUAGUCAGCCAAAAUUAAAGUAUAAAACGUAUCAGCCUCUAUACCCUGAAGGGAUCCCUGCUCCCACCAGAGAACAUUUUCCUGCUGGAAGAAAUACAUGGAAUCACCGAGAUAUCUCUCCACCCUUUAAAGGAAUUCCUACGUGGGAAGAACGUUUACCUACUCCUACUCCUCCUCUUCCUCCUUCCCAUGGCUCCAGAGGAAGUGUUUUCUUUCAUGAAUACAGCCCCUAUAAUCCUAGUGCAAAUCCACCUUACCUAAGUAGCAACACCUGGGGUGAGAUAGUUGAUUCUCCUAGUAGUAUACGGCAACCAGAACAUCCACAGUCCCCGUUGAAUACUCCAGAACAGAAAAAGAUUGUUCCUUAUAAUGAAAAGGACCCUAUUGAUCCAAUUGGAGAUGAAAUUUUUCAAAGGCAAAGUACAUGGGAUGAGGAAGAGUCAAGCUUGAAAAGAGCCCCAACAGGUAGGCAGUAUGAAGGUAAGCAACACACUUCCAAUCAACCAAAGCAGUAUCUCCCCUAUCCUGUAGAUAGGCCAUCAAAACCCAGGGAGGAUUUGCCCUCUAAUGGGUUCUACCCAUGGAAUCCAGAUGAGAAUUUCUCCUAUAAUACAGGUUUCACUGUAUCCCCACCUGUGAACACCAAGGGUUAUACCAACAAUGGUGUUGGACAACAAGGAAGUACUGUUUUUCCUUCAUGGAACUCCUGGGACUACAAUAUUCAAACCCAAGGUCAAAAAGAAAAAGAGCCAUAUUAUAACAGAAACUUCUGGAAUCAGGCAACAAAUUUACAUGAAGUCUCAACUACUGUACCAAACCUGAAGGAGACUCAGCUCUACUACAGUAAUUCCCUAACCAGUCUUCAGAAAAACCCAACCUGGCAUGAAGGCAAGCAUUUGAACUAUGGCAUGCAAAUUGCUGGGUUGAAUUCACCAGGGAGAGAAUAUUUGGCUUAUCCAGACUUAAUCACUCAAAGUGACCCAUCAAGUCAAAAAGAAACCUACAUGUUUCGCCAAAGCCAGGGCAGUUCCUGCUGUACUGGAGGCUCCACAGUGCUCAAGGACAAUCCACUGUCCCUCCAAGUCUCAACUUCAUCUCAUGGUCUUGCACCAGAGGAGAAACCCAGCACUUCUCUGCAUCCAGAAGGUAGUCAUACCAAUCACCCCAGUUUUAUUGUCUCCCCAGCAAGCACCCUACCUGGCCAAAGAAACAGUUCUGAGAACAGACUGCCUGGAGAGAGCCAAAACCCAAAUUCGUUCAGAGCUGAUGUGUCCACUCUGAGAAGGAGCACUCGAUGUUCUCUGAAGAACCAACUGGGCCAACUGGAAAUUACAUCUGUUCCUGAAGCCAGUUCCCCUCAGUCCAAGAAUACACCUUGUCUCAAAAAUGACCUGGGAGAAGAUGGGGGCAAUGUUGUGGGACAAAUGUCUGAAGGCAAUCAGCUCAAUGAAAUAACGGUUGCCCUUACACCUAAGCAGCUCGUGAUCAGCACACCUAAUGAAGAUCCCAAGUCAGAAGGCAUCAAGACUGAAGUCCAAGAAAACGACAAGGAGAAACAACAGGAAUCCCCAAGCAUCUUGCGUGUACCAUGUUUUGGCUCCAAAUUAGCAAACCAUCACUCUGCCAGCACUGGAGCUCCAUCCACCAGUGGAAGACAAGACCGAAUUGAUGGGGAUCUAAUUAUGCCUACUGGAAGUCCUGGUACAUCUGUUGGGUUACCUACUGGGGAACAAUUUAAACAUACAAAUAUAGACUCACCUAAUGCAGAUGAACGCACUUCAUAUGAGUCCUUUCAAAUAGGAACCAAUCCACAGGACCAGAUACAAGACUGCUUAUUGAUUCAGGCAUAG